GUCGAUGUCAUCUUCCUGUUCGUCUCAACAUACAUUUCUAUCAAAGCCUGUAUCCUAUAUAUAGCUCGAAAAUUAAUGCAUCACUGAUAUCUGAGAUAUCUCCCAGAGACUUCCACUUAGCACUUUUGAGUUUAGUCCUGCUUCCCCACGUGCCGCCACAAUGUCCGAGAACUAUGGCCAAUAUCAACAAACCAUCUAUGCAAAUGCAAUGUAUGCCCACGGCCGGCCCGUGGUGACUACUGAUCCCCGGCGGCUCGAGGAGCAGGCUCGUCAGGCAAUGAAUGCGCGCGCAUUCAAUUACAUUGCCGGUGGCGCUGGAGAGAAAGCCACCAUGGACAGUAAUCGACUAGCUUUUCGCCAAUGGAAAUUAAUACCAAGAAUGUUGAAAGCGUCUGAAGUCGACGCUUCAAUUGAGCUUUUCGGACAAAAGUAUCCUCAUCCUUUGUUGAUGGCACCAAUUGGCGUCCAAGCCCUAGCCCAUCCCAAUAAAGAGGUUGGGCUUGCGGCGUCAUGCAGUGAAGUUGAGGUACCUUAUAUAUUGAGUACAGCAUCAGGUUCCUCAUUUGAAGAUGUGGCAGCCAGCAGCGGGAGCGGUAAGAGAUGGUUUCAGUUAUACUGGCCGAGUGACAAUGAGAUAACGCUCUCCCUGCUCAAACGGGCAAAAGAAAAUGGGUUCGAAGCUCUCGUUGUCACAUUAGAUACCUGGACACUGGCUUGGCGACCCGCAGAUCUUGACACUGGGUAUUUACCUUUUCUUGCCGGGUUGGGAACUGAAUUUGGAAGUACAGAUCCCAUAUUUCGCGAGAAAUAUGAAAAGAAGACUGGAAUGAAAGUCGAUGAAAAUAUUGAAGAAGCUAGCAGAGAUUGGUUGCAGAAGAUUUUCGGAACUAAUCACACAUGGGAAGACGUGGAAUUUCUACGAAAGAACUGGGAUGGUCCACUAAUCCUGAAAGGCAUUCAGCAUGUCGAGGAUGCUAAGAGCGCGCUAAAAUAUGGAUGUGAUGGGAUUGUUGUAUCUAACCAUGGCGGUAAGUUGCAGUUAGAGCGUCAACCUCUUCUCUCGAUGUUGGAACCGUUGCUAAAAGUAAGGUAUGUAGGUCGACAAUUAGACGGGGCAAUCGGCUCUCUCGAAGUCCUUCCAGAAAUUGUCGAUGCAGUGGGCAAAGACAUGACCGUCUUAUUCGAUUCGGGUAUUCGCACCGGGUCAGAUGUUGUUAAAGCCCUGGCUCUUGGUGCCAAAGCUGUGCUGGUUGGCCGACCAGUUAUGUACGGCUAUGCAAUUAAUGGUGGGGAAGGCGCCAAAGCUGUCUUACAAGGAUUGCUUGCAGAUUUCCAUCUGAGCAUGUCUGUCGCUGGUAUUCCAUCGGUUAAAGACCUCAGCCGAGAAGUCAUCAGGAAAAUCAAUUACGGGGGCGAUUUGAAAGCCACAUUGUAGAUAUGUCUGAGAUUUCACCACCUGACUAAAGAGCUUUCACUCAGGGUUUGAGGGCGCUAUUGUUCAUGUUCAGCUCACAAAGAUAUUUGCCACUCUCGCUUAUCAUCAGGUAUCCCGAUCCACCCGAUACAUGUAAUUAUCUUGCUCCAUACAUACAUCUG